AUGGGGCCAUCGAAAAGAGAAAAGGAACAGGAGAGCAUAAUCCUGAUCAGUGAUGAUGAAGCUGAGAGCACGCUUGGGAAUUCAGUUCUGUUAGUAGACCCGUCGCAAAAGUCUGCCCUGGAAGAGGAGAAAUCCGAAGAAGUUGUAGAUGAGGAAUGUGAACUAAUGGUUACUUUCUGUAAACAAGCCAAAGUGAUGCCUCAUGCGAGAUAUGACUGUACAAUACACCCGUUUGAGCGAACAGAAUGCGAUGCGUGCUCACCCCUUGAGAAAAAUGCUGAUAUUUGUAAUCAGUGCUACUGCUACAUCUGUGAUAAACUAGCUUCCGAGUGCCAGAAUUGGACAACCCCUUCCCUCUGUCACUGCAACGCACACAACAAAAGCAAGUUCUGGAAGGACCAGCGUGACUUCGCCUUGGCGGGUGUUCUUGUCAUGUUCAAUUUGGAGCUCACGGAAAUAGACGCAGACCUUCGGCACGGGGGGAGUCUUCUAAUAAAAUUUAUUCAGGAGCUUUCUGUGGAAUAUAAUAAGUAUCUGGCUGGAGAAAAAGUGCCUCCCGUGCAACAUGAAUGCUUCAAUCUCCCAAAACUGCUUCCUGGGCAAUGCAAUGUCUGCAGAUCACACAACACGGAAGUUGUAUACAAGUAUUCUAGAGUUUUUGCGCUGGUAACGAGCUUUCUGAAUCAGGCAGAAAGAGAGAGUCCUAAAGCUGCUGCUGUCAUGUUUCUGGGAGCGGCUAAGGAGAUAGCACUUCAUAAAGACCCUUCGUUGAUCACAACACAACUUCAGAGGAUGCUGGUGCUGUGUGACUUCCCCAAAAGUUUAUAUGAAAAGUUUGUUAAUUUCUUUCAGUCCAUCACGCUUCCAUGUCACUGUUUUGGCUUCUCAAAUAGCUUGAAUGUUGUGCCAUGGGACCAUGUGUUACUGACCACGGUUUUAAAAGGCCAGAACAUCACUGGGCAAAGAACACAGAAAGGAAGAAAAGUAUUUCUGUGGGAAACACUCCCUGUUAUAGAGGCUCGAGUGGAGAAAUUGGUAGACAAAAAGAGCUAUAAAGAAGUUGUUCGCUACCUGAGAGCUGUGAAAUGCAACGAUACCAAAGGAUUGAGAGACCUUCGCGAUGAAAUCCCUUUCUAUUUGUGUAAAACCGGAGACUUCCUCGAUGCUGCUCAUUCGCUGCUGUUUCCCGUCAACAGCCUCGCGUGCUGCACUGCCUGCCGGCUCACGCCGGUUCAGUUCGAGACCUACCUGAAGAUGUUCCGGACAGGCAGUGUCCCCGCUGGAAAGGAUAUGCUAACCCCUGGACCCUGGGUUAUCGUUGGGUCUCCCUUGAAAGACGCUGUUCUGAUUAAGCAGGCGCUCAAACUCCUUUACAGCAACGUGUCGCUUUACAGGAACCCGAAAUGCUGGAGUUCCCUCAUCAUGAUCUUGGGUAGCAGCAGUUUUCUGGAAAAAAGUGGGCACCUACAUCCCCUGUCCCUGAAAGAGCCACCGCUUGACUUCCAAAAGGGGGUGCUCGCUGCCAGCGGUGGCUUUUUAGAGGAACUGAAGGCAAAAAUUAAUGUUUCUUUACCACCUGCUAUUUCCUCUCCUCAGCUGCACCACGAGGCUUGUCUCAUUCUCGCUGUGCAAGCAAUCCAACAGAUGCUGUUUUGUGAUCUUCCGUACUUGACUUCCUUCUUAGAGAUAGCCCUGGCUUUUGGGAGUAACUUCUGGGCUCUGCGGCUGUUACUGGAGCAUCUUUCCUAUGAAGAACAUGUUCUCCAAGGCACCGUCAACCUGAUCUUGAGAGAUCUAAACCGCCAGAAAGCAACAAUGCUAAAACUGUGGCAAAACCUUGGGCCCCAGUACGUGGGUGAAUUCCUUUGCCUCUUCCUGACGUGCCGACAUAAGAAGAUGCAAUCCAUUGGCCUGUUCACUCUGAAUAUUAUCGCCGAGAACCUGCAGAUGUGUCCAUGGGCGAAGCAUCUUUGCAACUUCUUCCACAACGCA